AUUAAAAUGGCUGCUAAAUUUUACCGUACCUGCAUACGACGCCAAAGUUUAUCAGUUCUUCUGUUUUGAUUUCAAUCAUCUUGUGGGCAAUUCGUUUAUUUUGGGUUGGUUUAAAAACAGCAAAACUGACCCGAUUGAACCACGUGGAAAGCACCCUGAACGAAAAGAAAUGGGAAACAAACAGAGUUCCAAAAGACGCGAAAGUCAGCUUGUACGCUCUAAUUUAGCAUCGUCCGUCAAUCCUGCGCUUCCACAAGAAGCUAUUGUCGCACUUACUGGCUGUUUAAACAGACUGCCUCUCUUCCUAAACAAAAGUGUUCGAGAAGAAGUGAUCAGACGAGUAGAGCUGAUGGAAACUGGUGAAGCUCCAGAAAUUCUUCUAAGUAAAGGCCAAGAGCCACCUGGAAUAUAUGUGUUGGUGUCGGGUAGUGUGACUGUUUUCAGUGAAAACAAGAAAUUUGCCCUGAGGGAAAUUCAAGUCGGUGACUGCUUUGGUGAAGUUUCGGCGCUAUUUAAUAUGAAUUGCACUGCUGAUGUGUGGUCAUGUAACAGGUGCAUGUUGUUGCUUCUGAAGACCUCUGAUGCCCGUCGGCUUCUCACAUUUCCCAGUGAGGUGACGCUACUGCAGUGGUUUCAACAGAGGAGAUACCUGGACACCAGUAAGCUGUUUAACAACCACCAACUGUCAAGGGAAAUUGCAGUAGAUGUAUUGCUAAAGUCUCCUAUACUUCAUGGCUGGGGAAAAGAAUCUUUGAAAGCUGUAGUUAAAACUGUAAAGCCAGCGGUUAUUGUGUUGUAUCCUCCCAACAGCAUUAUUUUCAAAGAAGGCUGGAAAGGACAGGAAAUGUUUGUUCUAGUGCAUGGGCGGGUAAACUUCUCCAAAAAUAACCAGGAUGUUGCCACAUUUGAUGCUGGAGAAAGAGGAUUUUCCUUUGGAGAGGAAGGGUUCUUCACUGGUACAGAGAGAAGAUCUACUGUAAGGGCAGCUGGGCCAUGCCAGAUUAUUCUCCUCCGUGAGGAAAACUUCCAUGAUGCCAUUAACCAGUUCUCAGGGGAGGCAACAUUACUCCAAGAGCUGAGUGUGAAAUGGAAACAACAUGUAAACCAGAGAGAUAGCACACUGUAUUCAAAGUACAUGGGAGCAUUAGAUCUGGAGAUAUUGAGAAUGACCUUAAAACAGACAGAAGAGUUCAAAACAUGCCCGGCAGGAUUCCUUUACAUUCUUGCGUUAUCCAUGACGAUUAAAGAAGUUCCAGCUGGCGAAAUUGUUCUUACAGAGAGAGAGUACCAAGAUGGUAGCACGUUAUUUGUUGUUCUUCAAGGAAGUUCAGUUGUAAUGGAUGGUGACAUGUCAACCUCACACUCGGUGGAACUCAAACAAGUCUUUUGGAAGAACGACACAAUGCCUGUGACCGGGUGGGUUAAGGCGGUAGAGUUAUGCGUGGUGUCCUUUCUUCCAGAGGAGGCAGUGAGAGAAGCGCGCAACACUUAUCCUGAUGUAGCGCUGCUCAGACCUUGAGAGAAACCAUUAUGGCUUUAGAACUGGGAGUACACGUCCAACUGUUUUCAGUCAUCGUAUGCCCUCUCAACUGCAAAUGGAAAUCAUCUUACCGUUGUGACGCCAGCCGCGGUUUUGAUUGUCUACGAAAGUCGGCCUCUGUAGAGAUCCGUUGGACAAUCAGCGCCCUGAAUCGCGAUCGUUCUGGUGGAAAUGGCGAAAGUUUUUGCGACUAAAUUUGGAGCGAAAGUCGCCAAUUGUCCACUCUCGCUUGAUUUUCCAGCGACAAGUAACUGAAAUAGGCUGCUAUGGCCACGAGCGUUUGGGCUUACAAAUCGUGUAAUCGAUAAAUAGAUUCUAAGCUACGAAAGUGUUGCAAGAGACGCAUCUGAGUCGGUCACUCAUGUGCCAACCACAUUUUGACGUCUUCUCUGAUCUAUUACUGUACAGACCCGCAGCAACAUGGAAUCUAUUUGUUUUAUUUGACAAAGAAGCAAAAUUUGUAGAUGGUGACAGCAUCUAUGCGUCUAUCCUCUGAUAAAUCAUGUGUAAGAACCGAUCAAAAUGCGUAUAUAAUUAAGCUUAUUAUACAGCUAAAUAUCAUUCGCAGACGACUGCGAGACACCUACCAGAAUUUGCAAGCUGCGGUAUCUCGCUAAAAAAAUAGCUUAGGUAGAGAUCUCGUUUAUAUACCUACCAAAGUUUGUAUUGUAAGCAUAGAUUUACACAUGUACAUAUGAAAAUAAAGCAGUCAAUAUCUGUCAUUCAACGUCAUCACCUUUUAUUCUUCUUCAACACCCAUUUCUCGAUUCCAGAGAUUCCAACCCUCCCGGUUGGACCGGAACCUCCCAUUUUUUGAGAUCUGUUCCGGCCUCCGUUUUCUUUCAAUAUUCUCACUAAAAACGUCGUGAUCAACAU